AUGGGCAGUCACCAGAGUCAAAUGCAGGGUCCCAUUGCUUGGCAGGCAGUGACGAGCGAGAGACCAACGACGCCUUCCUUGCUUGCUGUCAGGUCUCUCUGCUCUUGCCCUUUUGCUCCAGACGUGCCUGCCCAACACGCCUGUGUGGUGGCGCACUCCUUCAUCGUUCUUGCCGUGAUUAAACGACAACUGCACGCAUCCAAGCCAAAUCCGGUGUCCUGUUCCCAUCACCAGAAGCCCAUUGUGGCAGCACGUGACAACGUAAACGCCCGUACCGGUAGCCUGCCGCCCAUCUGCACAGACUGUGUAGGUACCCUCACCAAUAAGGCUGAUCCCGCCCUCACUGUCAACAACAACCCGUCUGCCCAAGAGCAAGCGGGCCCGCCCCUAGUCGACCCGCCCAUCCGCCGCCACAGUUCCAUCGCCGGCGCCUGUCGUCAACCUGACGAGGCUGUUCCCAUUCCAGCCCAAACCAGAAACCACCACAUCCACCCCCACUCGAAACCCUACACCUCCUCGGCAACUGCCUCCCACCCCGAAACCUGCUCCAUCCCACUCACGCCCACCAUGAGCGCCCUUCCAAGACUCGGUCCCCUCAGCCCCAUCGCCCGCCCAUCCACGACCACCACGGCCACGGCCACCAGCACCGAUAGACCCGCAGACAGACCCUCCAAUAGACCAGCAGACAGACCAGCCAACAUGACGCGUGCACGCAGACGCGAACGAGAUACCAGCGCUUCGGGCUCCGACUCGUCCGCCUCAACCUCGCCUGAGCGCGGCUUCGACGACGACAAGGACUCCAUCAUGAUGCAGUCCAACGACUCGCUAUCCUCCCUCGCUCCCUCCCUCUCCCCCGACUCGGACGACGAGGCUCGCCGGCGGGCCAUCGAAGAGCAGCACCGUCUCUCGCCCAUCUCCCGGCUCCCCGCCGAGCUCAUGAUAGCCAUCUUCGCCAAGCUGUCGUCGCCCAACGACCUCAAGAACUGCAUGCUCGUCUCCAACCUCUGGGCCCGGAAUAGCGUGGGCCUGCUCUGGCACCGGCCCUCGACCAACAAGUGGUCCAACGUGAAGAGCGUCAUACAAACCAUACGGACAGCCAACAGCUUCUUCGACUACAGCAGCCUCAUCAAGCGCCUGAACCUGUCCACGUUGGGCAGCGAAGUCAGCGAUGGCACCCUGCAACCGCUUUCGUCUUGCAAGCGCGUGGAGCGGCUGACCCUGACCAACUGUUCCAAACUGACCGACUUGAGUCUGGUCUCCAUGCUCGAGGACAACCGGAGUCUCUUGGCCCUCGACGUGACCAAUGUGGAAUCCAUCACCGAUAAGACCAUGUUCGCCCUGGCACAACACGCAAUCCGCCUGCAAGGCCUCAACAUUACCAACUGCAAGAAGAUUACCGACGAGUCGCUCGAGGCCGUCGCCAAGAGCUGUAGACAUCUCAAGCGGCUCAAGCUGAAUGGCUGCUCGCAGCUGAGCGACAAGAGCAUCAUCGCCUUUGCCCUACACUGUCGUUACAUUCUCGAGAUUGAUCUCCACGACUGCAAGAACCUCGACGACGACUCCAUUACGACGCUCAUCACCGAAGGCCCCAAUCUCCGCGAGCUGCGGCUAGCGCAUUGCUGGAAGAUUACCGAUCAAGCCUUUUUGCGCCUUCCCUCCGAGGCCACGUACGACUGCUUGCGCAUCCUAGAUCUCACAGACUGCGGAGAACUACAGGAUGCCGGGGUCCAAAAGAUCAUCUACGCAGCCCCACGACUCCGCAACCUCGUGCUCGCCAAGUGCCGCAACAUCACAGACCGAGCUGUUCUGGCGAUUACACGUCUCGGCAAGAAUCUCCAUUACAUUCACUUGGGACACUGCUCGCGUAUCACCGAUACCGGUGUCGCACAGCUGGUCAAGCAAUGUAACCGCAUUCGGUACAUUGACCUGGCCUGCUGCACAAAUCUUACCGAUGCCUCGGUCAUGCAACUAGCGACGCUGCCAAAGCUCAAGCGAAUCGGCCUGGUCAAGUGCGCCGCCAUUACAGAUCGCAGCAUCUGGGCCCUUGCGAAGCCGAAACAAGUCGGCUCCAACGGGCCCAUAGCCAUUAGCGUGCUCGAGCGAGUCCAUCUCAGCUACUGCACCAACCUCACGCUUCAGGGCAUUCACGCACUCCUCAACAACUGCCCCCGUCUUACCCACCUCAGUCUGACCGGCGUCCAAGCCUUUCUCCGCGACGACCUCCUCGUCUUCUGUCGCGAAGCCCCACCAGAGUUUAGCGAGCACCAACGCGAUGUCUUUUGCGUCUUUAGUGGCGUUGGCGUGCAACGACUCCGCGUCUUUCUCAACACCAAUGGGCAGCACGAAGAUCGCGAGUCGUCGUUUGGCGACAACGAGGGCACCAUGUAUAAUGAAGUCGAGGAUGGCGAUGGGGUUGUCAUGGCAGUGACUGCACAGGCGCAUGGCAUGGCCAUUGAGGAAGGUGAAGGCGAAAUGGAUGAGGAUCUCGGCAACGAUAGCGAAAUGGCCGGGCAGGAUUGA